ACACGGGAAAGAGGUUGUUAUUGGAAAGCCGGAAGGGGAGGAUAGGCGGAGGCUGUAUGAGCCUAGCUUGGUUGGAUUUUUCCCUUAAAUCUGCUAUCAGCGGUCAUCCACCAUGGACAGCCAGGGAAGAAAAGUCAUAGUUUGUGACAAUGGUACAGGAUUUGUGAAAUGUGGGUAUGCAGGGUCUAACUUCCCUGCCCACAUCUUCCCUUCCCUUGUCGGCAGACCCAUCAUCCGAUCCACAGCCAAAGUUGGAGACAUAGAAAUCAAGCUUCAGGAUUUGAUGGUUGGUGAGGAGGCCAGCCAAUUGCGUUCCAUGCUAGAGGUGACAUAUCCCAUGGAAAAUGGCAUCGUGCGGAACUGGGACGAGAUGAAACACAUCUGGGACUACACAUUCAGCGAGGGGCGGAUGAACGUAAAUCCCAGAGAUUCCAAGAUUCUCUUGACGGAACCGCCCAUGAACCCCAACAAAAACCGGGAAAAGAUGGUGGAGGUCAUGUUUGAGCAUUACCAGUUUGCAGGCCUUUACGUAGCAAUUCAAGCUGUGCUGACUCUCUAUGCCCAAGGAUUAUUAACAGGAGUUGUGGUAGACUCUGGUGACGGAGUGACGCACAUUUGUCCUGUUUAUGAAGGGUUCUCGUUGCCCCAUCUAACAAGGCGUCUAGACAUCGCUGGGCGCGACAUCACCAAGUAUCUCAUUAAGCUGCUGCUCCUCAGGGGCUAUGCCUUCAACCACUCGGCAGACUUUGAGACGGUGCGGAUCAUGAAGGAAAACCUUUGUUACAUAGGAUAUGAUAUUGAACUGGAGCAGAAGUUGGCUAACGAAACAACAGUACUGGUAGAAAACUACACGUUACCAGACGGCCGCGUCAUCAAGGUGGGUGGAGAGCGCUUCGGUGCCCCUGAGGCUCUCUUCCAGCCCCACCUGAUCAAUGUGGAAGGGGUGGGCAUCGCCGAGCUCCUCUUUAACACCAUCCAGGCAGCGGACAUUGACACGCGGCCGGAGUUCUACAAGCACAUUGUGCUAUCGGGCGGCUCCACGAUGUACCCGGGCCUGCCUUCCCGUCUGGAGCGGGAGAUCAAGCAGCUGUACUUGGAGAGGAUCUUGAAGGGAGACACAACCAAGCUCAGUAAAUUCAAGAUCCGCAUUGAGGACCCCCCGCGUCGCAAGCACAUGGUGUUCCUAGGGGGCGCAGUUCUGGCAGACAUUAUGAAGGACAAGGACAGUUUCUGGAUCACGAGAGAGGAAUACCAGGAGAAGGGACUCAGGUGCCUUGAGAAACUCGGUGUCAGUGUUAAAUAGAAGUAACCCCCCCAUAUCUUUGCCCCACCCCCCUUCCUUUCAUCCAAAGACUUUGCGGCACCAUUUUCAAUUUUUUUUCUUUUCCAUUAUGGUCUCACAUUUUCUUGAGACCGGUCAGAAUCUGAUGCCUUGUUACUUGUUGAAAAAAAAACAGUAGAUACCCCAACCUAUCUUCUGCUUUACCAAAAGAGAGUCUUUGGGCUGUCAUUUGGCAAUAGAAGCCAACAGGUCUCAGGAGUGUUUGGAAGGUCUGCAUCUAAGGUCGCCACAGCCAUUUACAGAUUACAUGUAUACACAGUUUGUGUGAGAUUAAUGGAUAUGAAAGAUAACUCAUGUUUCAUGCCAGUCUAGAUAAACAAUGUUAUUGCUUUUGUAAAAAGCAAAAGCAGAAAUUCCAACAAAAG